GUGAUCGCCUGAUCCCAGCGCCCAGCGCGCAUGUGCGGAAACGUAACACUCUCUUGUAAGUUGUAAGUUGUAGUGUGUUAAAAAUGUAUUUGUCAUGUAUUUGUGUUAGUGUGAUAACACAACCGCAAUUUGGUCAUCGAAGAAGAUAAGACAAGUGUUUGACUGUUUGAGUGCUUGAAUUUGAAAAAAAUUUCUUGUUUGAUUCACCGAUUGUUAUCAAUUCACUUCGAAUUGUUUUUUCGUGGCGAACUUGAAAUAUUCGUUCGGUUCAGAUUUCCAAAUUAAAUAUUUGAGAUUGCCGCAGUGAUUGUGAACUCUUCAGUUAUCCUAUUAUAAAAGAAUUAGAACAAUUUUUCGAUUAAAUUAGUUUCAAAAUUGCAUUCAUGUCAUGUAUGUAAAAUUUACUUUCCCGACUUGAGUUGCUUUCUGAGUUAUGGGUCAUAAUUUUAACCAUUUAACAUCAGAUCGCUUAUCACAGGAUGUCGUCGUUAAUGUUACAACAUUUCCAUGUCCGUUGGAAAGAAUGGAUUCCAUUAGUUACUCAACAACAAAGAUUGAGAAAUUUAAUCCAAGUCAUCGGUUAUAAUAUCGGCCGAAAUGUAGAAAACAGAAGUAAAAACAACAAGGAUGUUUACUAUUACUACACAUUACACCUAGCGACCAUGUGUGCUCCUUUCUAUACGAGUGAAAAAAUAGCCAAAGAACAUCCGAAAUGGUCUGAAAUUAAUUUCAGCAAUAUCGAUCCUUCAUUCGGCAGUGUUACUGGAAUCGUUAUACGUGUUUGGGAACAUUACGAAAAUGAAGAUAAUAUCGUUACCGUUUGGGGAGUGUAUUUCAGUGGAUUAUCUUACAUAGGUCCUCAAAUAGCCACAGAACAGUUAUCAAAAUUCUCAAAGAAUACUUUAGUAUUUUACAUGCACGGAGGAUAUUUUACCUCAUCUGAAUAUUUAUUGAAUGACGAGCCUACUCUAGCUCGAAUUAGUACUAUGUCUUUGAAUCACAACGAUGUUCGGAAAAGUUACACCCUCGAUAACCUUUUAAGGUUACAUAAUAUUCAACGAUCGAUUAAGGAGCAAACUGAAGAAUCUAUGGCGCUCCAUGAUAAAAUUUUAGCCGGCGAAUUUCCCGAUGAAAAAUCUCAAAUACGAGAAAGUAGUCCGUUUUUAAGGAAAUUAUUAAAGCAAACGAAACCGGCUAGAGUCCCUCUCGAAGAAAUACUCGCCGUUAAGAAACAAAUAGAAGCAAAGAAAUUCCAAGUUCAGUUACUCCAAGAACAGAAGUCUUAUAGGUUAAACGAGAUGAAGAAAAAAAUUGAAUUUCUCAAUCGUCUUCGUGAAUCGAACGCCGAAGAAAGUAGUAAAUUGAAAGAAAAGUAUCAAACUCUUCAAAAAGAUAUGGAUACAUUGAAGAUAUGGAAAAAAUCACUGCUCGAUAGUAAAGAAAUUCUGUCCAAUGUCAAGUCAAGAUACACGUACAGGCAGAAACAACUCAUUGCCGAAUUAGCCUUCAUUUAUCCUAUCAAAUCUAUAGAUAAUAAGUAUUUCAUCUGUGAUGUUCAUUUACCGGAUUCGGAAGAUUUCGAUGGCAAAGACGAUACAUCCCUGAGUGUUGCUUUAGGAUUUACCGCUCAUUUGGUUCAAAUGAUCUCGUUUAUAAUAAAUAUACCUUUGCGUUACCCAGUUAUUCAUUUCGGAUCUCGUAGCAAAAUAGUAGACCAUAUAAUUGACCAGUUACCGGAUAAAAAUAGAGAGUUUCCCUUAUUUGCCCGAGGUAAAGAAAAACUUCAGUUCGAUUACGCUGUAUUCCUACUCAACAGAAAUAUCGCGCAGUUACAAUGGAAUUGUGGUAUACGAACGAACGACUUAAGAGUAACGUUGAAGAACUUGGAAACCAUGUUACUGAUGCAUUCCACUCAGAAAAGCGUUAUAAACGAAACUAGACUGAGCUCCGAUGACCUAGCAAAACUUACUACGCUUACAAAAAGUACGAUUACUUUUAAUAACAUUCCGUUCAGCUUCAAUCAUCGACAAAACGACAAAUUAUCAAGUUCAGUUGAUAAUAAUUCCGAUCGAUGGGAGGAGAAAAAAAGAACUGUUGUCGAUUCGCCUCAAAGAUCGGCAUCCAUCUCAAGAGAAGAUGGCCACUCUAGCGACUCGUGUGAGCAUGAUUUCGAGCAUCAAGCUUACAUAAAUAAAUUGAAUUUAACAAAUGAUAAGUUACAUCGCUCUUCUUUGAAAGAGGGUAAAAAGUAAUCUCGAGAUAUACACGAUUUGUGUAUUGUUGAAAUAUGAUCGUUUUGGUAUUGGAAUACCGCAAAUUAUUAUUUACAUAUUGUGUUAUGAACGCGUUUUGUAAGUUUGUUAACAGUCCCGUUGGUUUUGUUGCCUUACCCAUAUAUCUAUUUUUUCUUUUCCUUUUUUUUUUCAUUUGUUAUACUCUGAUAUAUCAUUAUUGUAUGUUUCGUUGCUUGAAUAUCCGAUUUCCUUAUCAUCAUUUUGUAUUUUCAAAUAUUAGUCGUUCAUUCGUAUAAGUUUUUUCAUAAUGUCAUUUUCAAUUCCGAUGAAUCAACAUAAAAAGUUUUCUAUCCUUAAUGAAAUUCGGAAUGCUUUAAGCAAGUGUAUUUCACUUACAGUCAAGAACAAAAAAUAAAUAAAUUGUACUCAACGACUGAAUCUGUAAAAUGAAAUAAACGAAUUUUUAAUUAA